GACGAAAAAGGCAGAACGUUCUCUGCCAUUGGAAUUGGAAGCAAGUAGCAGUGACCAACGAACGGCUCAGGCUCCCCACUCCCACUCCCAGCACAGCAGGCUACCGCCGUCAGUCACGUUCCGUCGCCCUCCACACUCGACGCCGUCGUCAGCCACCGUCCCAUCACCACCGGCAACAGUCAAUUUUGAGUUAAUCUCUAAUUUUUCAAGUUUUAGUUAUUUAAAUCCCUAAUAUGUGAUUUUGGGAAAUGGAGCCCAUCUGUCAACAACUUUCGUAGCUCCUUUUUUGUUCUUUGUAAUGAAAAACAACUCUCUCAGCUAAUCACUUUGGAGUUUCCUGUUUCGAUGUUGAUAUGCAAACGACUGUAUAAAUUCAUGGUUCUGCCCUUAAUACGAUUGUUUGCCAUGAAAAGUAAAUUUCUUGCUUUCGAUUUGCGUAGUUUUAGCAACGUAAGUAGUUCGAUUGCCAGGCACAAAAUGCUUUACAGCAUCAUGAAUUGGAGAUAUAAUUGGCUAGGUACUUGAUUUGUGUUGUUUAGAGGAAUGUGAGUUCUUUGUUAGUUGCAGGAUGCUAGCACUUCCUCGUAAUGAAACAAGUUGGCGUCUUUAUUUGGUUUCUCAAAAUUAAGCUGAAGAUCUCGUAAUGAAACAAAUUGGCGCCUUGCAGUUUGAAAUUCCACCAAAUGCACCGUAUUCUUUUUCCGGUUUGAACACGGAGCAUCCAGUAUUGAGUAUAGGUGACAAGCUCAAGUUGAUAGGAGAAUAUCAAGAAACGGUUAGAACAUGCCUUAUAUUCGAAGAAGAAGAUGCUAGCGCAGCGGUUCAUGAAGAAACGGGGCCAUCGGAAGCAAGCAAACCCUUUUGCAGGCAAAUGCAUAAUGGAUCCAAAUCAAUCUCCAAGCAAGCAAGUGAAACCAGUUAUGAGCCUUCAACGGAUUUUAAAAUUUCGAUUGGCUCCCAAUCUCGACUCUCAUGAUCCACCUGAACAGUCUCGGGAUCCGGUGCUACAUACAGUGCAAUCAGUGGCCGAAUGACCAAUAUUGGAAUCCUUAUUCGACGCUAGCUUGCUCCCCCGUUAAAGAAGGGUUACUUGCAUGCUAAGCUAAAAGCUGAAUGAUGUUGUACAGCCCUUUUCUGGUUAGAUUUUUUCUUUUCCUUUUGACUUGGGUGGCGCCAUGAGCUUCAGAGAAAAUUAGAAAAGAGAAUUAUUUAUUCGUUAAGACUUCACAUUUGCUUGCUUUCAAACAUUUUAAAUUUAUAUCUUGCUUUUGUAUAUUGUUUCCAAUGGCUUGUCCACUCCUACCUUGGUGGACCUGGCACAAAUGUAAUAUUGGAAUCCUGUUGCCCUUUCCCCUUUUGACCUUCUGCACUUCAUUUAAUUUUGUUAUUCUUUUUUGAUUUAUUCAAUCCGAUGAAAUGAAUCAUUGAAUUUGUUGGGA